AUGUCUUCCACCAGCAACGCCUCCAUUGACAAGUUCAACGGAGACAAUUACGCAACGUGGAGCCGGUACAUGCGCGGUGUGUUUUUGACGAAGUCCGUCUGGCACGUUGUCAACCGUGAAGUGACUCCGACUUUCACCGACCCGCGAGCGUCCGAUGACUACGUCAAGGCAAGCAACGUCGCGUUUGGUAUGAUGCUGCUGCACAUGAACGCGGACUACCAUCAUGUGCUGGACAACUGCGAGGAAGCCUGGGUUGCGUGGACAAGUCUGAAGACGCUGUACGGUGGGUCGCAGAAGGCAGGACGCAUCUACCUCAAGCGACAACUUUUCAGUAUCAAGAUGGCUGAAGGCGCGAACGUCAUGCAUCACUGCAACGAGGUCCUCAACAUCUCCGCCAAGCUUAGCGGCAUCGGUGCGAAGAUGGAAGACGAAGACGUUGCAAUUUGUCUGCUACUCAGUCUUCCGAAGAGCUACGAAAAUGUGGUGCUCAACAUGGAAAUGAGCAGCACCGAGCUUCGCACUCAAGAUGUGGUGAGAUUCCUGACGAAUGAGCAUGCCAAGCGUCAAGGAGAAAAAGGGACAACGACAGCGACUACGGUGAAGGCUGAAGAUGCAAGCAAGGCAUUCAGCGCCGAGCGUGAGCCCUACCAAUGCACGUAUUGUGGCAAGGUGGGACACACGGUGGAUCGUUGCUGGACAAAGCAGAAGAACGAAGGUCGGGGAGCCCGACGCGGCGGCAAUGGUCGUGGACGCGGGGCUAACAAUGUCCAGUGGGGACAUCAUGAUGAAGGCAAUGGCUACGAUCGAGUGGCGUUUGCAGUCUCGUUCGAAUGUGGAGUUUCGACGAGCAAGGACGUGUCUGGAAUGUGGGCCGUCGACAGUGGUGCAACGCACCACAUUUGCCACGACAAGACCAAGUUCGCAAGUUUGGCAGAGCGCAAUGAGGGCGAACUCUUGGUGGCUGAUGGCAACAAGGUGGCCAUCAAGGGUGUGGGAACCAUCAUGGAAAAGGUGGUUCUGCCCAACGGUGAAGAGCGUGAGAUCGAAAUCAAGAACGCGCUAUAUGUUCCAAGUAUGAGCAAGAACCUGCUCUCGGUGCCACAGAUUAACAGCCAUGGCAAGUUUCAAGUCGUGUUUGACGGGUCCAAGAUGUAUGUGACUCUCAAGAACUCACAGCAAGUGGUGGCGACAGCGGAUCUCGUGGAUGGACUCUACUGGCUUCGGACGACUCAACGAUCAGCGAAUGUGACAACAAGUGGAACCAGUUGUGCCGAUCUACAUGCGAGAAUGGGUCAUGCUCCAGUCGACGUGCUUCGCAAGAUGGUCUCCAACAACAUGAUCAAAGAUGUGGAAGUGCCUCUCAACAAUCGUGACAAGCGAAGUUACGACACGUUUGAGCUACUUCAUCUGGACAUCUGCGGGCCCAUGGAAAAGGAUUCGCUCGGUGGCAGCAAAUAUUUGCUGCUGAUCAUCGACGAAGCCAGUGGAUGCAUGAAGGGCUUUUGUCUACGAGUGAAGUCCGAGAGUGAAGACUACAUCCGGAAAUAUAUCACCAUGGUACAGACGCAAUUCUGUAAGAAGGUCAAGUUCGUGCGACACGACGGAGCUCGCGAGUUUGCAACCAACUCGCUUCAACUGUUCUACGAAGACGAAGGCAUUGAACAGCAGACAACGGUGCCGUAUGCACAUCAAACAAACGGAACAGCAGAGCGUGCCAUUAGGACUAUUGUCACGAUCGGCCGCAGCAUGCUUCAUCAUGCCAAACUGGACAAGUGUUUCUGGGCCGAAGCAGCGAUGACGGCCAUCUACGUCAAGAAUCGACUGCCGUCACCUAAAGUUGUGCACAAGAUCCCGUUUGAGAUCGUGUACAACUCGAAGCCAAGUGUCAAGCACAUGCGAGUAUUCGGCUGUCAGACAUUUAUACUGACUCCGAAGGAGAAGCGACUCAAGUGGGAUCCAAAGGCUCGCGCUGGCAUAUUCGUGGGCUACGAAGAAGUUUCGAAGGCAUAUCGUGUUUAUGACAUCGAGGCGGGGCAGGUGGUUAUCAGCCGCGAUGUCAACUUCGACGAGUCCACCUUUGGACUUCAACUGCCGAUCACUGAUGAAGAUGUCGAUGACCUGGACUUCGAAUUGCUGGAUCUUGAUGACGAAGAGCUGCGUCAAAUGGAGUACAAGCAAACAGGCAAGCGCAAGAACCGACUCAAUGAUGAAGAUACAGCAGCUCCACGACCGCGUGCAGUGCGUCAACGACCAGGACUAGAAGAGUCAAGCGCGCCGGAAAACAACUCGUCACGACAAGAAGAAGACGAAGAAACGAAGGAUUCUGGUGAUUCAACACCGCCUGUGUUUUGGCGUGCGAGUGCAAAUGCCGUUGAAGCAGCAGUGGACUUAUCAGAACCCUCAACAUUUGAAGCAGCAGUAAGCGGCCCUGACCAAGUGCACUGGAGAAAAGCAAUUCAUGCAGAGCUCGAGUCAAUGCGACUUCGCGGUGUGUUUCGUGCAGCCAAGCUGCCCAACGGACAACGCGCCAUUGGCACAAAAUGGGUGUUCAAGAUCAAGCGCAAGGCGGAUGGGUCAAUCGAGAAGUACAAGGCACGACUUGUGGCCAAGGGUUUCCGCCAAAAGUAUGGCAUCGACUACACGGAGACGUUUUCGCCUGUGGUCAAGUAUGUGACGCUGCGAAUGGUGAUCGCAAUUUCCAAGCAUUUUGGAUGGCCCAUCGACCAGCUUGAUGUGGUGACAGCUUUCCUGUAUGGCGUCAUGAAGGAACAAGUGUUCUGCGUGAUUCCUGAAGGCGUCGAACUUGACAGUACGUUCGAUUGCCUGGAAUUGGUGAGGUCAAUUUACGGCCUCAAGCAAGCGUCGCGAGUGUGGAACGAGACGUUCGACGAGUAUGUGUGCUCCAUCGGAUUUCAAGUAUCGGACUUCGACCCAUGUCUCUACAUCAAGACUUCGGACGGCCAUUGCGUGUUUAUACUGGUCUACGUGGACGACGUCUUGGUGACUGGAAGCUCGCUCGAGCUGAUUGCACAAACCAAGAACGACCUGAAGACGCGGUUCGAGAUGACGGACAGCGGCAAGUGUGCGAUUGUUCUUGGGAUCGAGCUUUUGGACGGUGAAGAUGCCAGUGUGACACUAUGUCAGCGUCGGUAUGUCGAUGAUAUCCUCAAGCGCUUUGGCAUGGAUGAUUGCAAGGCAGUCGCAAGUCCAGUCGACAUGAGCUCUCGACUUGUUUCAAGUGAUGCAACUACCAAGGUCGAUGCUCCUUUUCGCGAAGCUGUUGGUGCGUUGAUGCACCUGACCACUGCAACGCGUCCGGACAUUGUGUUUGCUGUGGGCUAUGUGUCGCGGUUCAUGGAAAAUCCCCAAGAAGAACACUGGGUUGCAGUUAAGCGUAUCUUUCGCUACCUACAAGGCACCAAGACGCAUGGAAUUUGCUACAAGCCAAGUGCAAGGAUCGACUUCCGUGGAUAUUCGGAUGCGGAUUGGGCUGGUGAUCUUACCGACCGCAAGUCAACAUCGGGGUACACGUUCAUGCUACUCGGUGCGCCAGUGAGUUGGGGCAGCAAGAAGCAGCCAAGUGUUUCGUUGUCCACGAGUGAAGCCGAAUACAUCGCACUCAGCUUGGCGAUUCAAGAGGGCAAGUGGAUUCAUCGUCUGCUUUGUGAGAUCGUGAUGGCUGCCAAUGAAGAAGGACCGGAACUCAUGAUUCAUGAAGACAAUCAGUCAUGUAUCAAGAUGACGAAGAACCCAGUCAACCACGGCCGUGCCAAGCACAUUGAUAUCAAGUACCAUCACAUCCGUGAUGAGGUCAAGCGCGGUGAAGUGAAGCUCAAGUACUGUGAAACUGCGGUGAUGUUAGCGGACAUCAUGACGAAGGGACUUCAUGGACCACGCCACAAGGAGAUGACGACGGCUCUCGGGAUUCGUGAGCAUUCGGAUUGA